AUGGGGUCAGAGCUUGGAAUCCUCCAUGCAGACUCUAAGCUGGAGCCUGAAAUCACACCGGUAACGAUCUGGUGGGCAUGUUGGGCAUGCAUUUGGACUCUUGCCGUGGUGCUGGGCAUGACGUAUUUGAUAUCUCGUCGCAAUACGAGUCCUAUUCGGAUUCGAGGCUUGUGCUUAUCGCUGUCUCCCGUCGUUCUACUUCAUUUGUACUGGAUAUCAGUCCAACUGGGCGAUAUGCCUGGAGCUCUCGUGCCUGGUGAUGCCGAACUUUUCAACUAUGUCCGGCUAUUAACGGCCUGCAGCAUUCAUCCUGAGCUGGAUCUUCAGUCAGAAUCGUGA